UUCGUAAACAGUAUCCCGUUUGCAGGAUACCGACCGGCUGGACGGAAACCAGAUGAAUCAAGACAGCAACUGCAGCAUGGUCGCGGUGGAGCUGGACUGGCCUCGUUACAUGGAGCAGCGGUUCAGGGAAAGGCCGAGGCUUUUGAGACAGACGGCGAGCAACGGGUUGUGCUGCAUCUUCAGGGUCCCGAGAAGCGUGUUCGUGGGCGACCCCAAGGCGUACGAACCCCAGAUUGUGUCCAUCGGCCCGUACCAUCGGGGGAAGGAGCAGGUGGAGAUGCUGGAGCAGCACAAACCCCGAUUGUUCGCUGCCCUGCUUGAUCGAACCCGUGGGCACGGCGCACCGGCGGAAGCUUAUUUCCGAACCAUGGCAUCAGUGGAGACAAAAAUAAGGGAGUGCUACUCGGAGGAUCUGGAUUGCGGAAGCUGGAGUUUGAUCGAAAUGAUGAUUCUCGACGCGUGUUUCGUGGUCGAGAUGUUCCGGGUCACAGCAUCCCUAGUUCCUGCAGAUCCCGCCGAUCCCUUGUUCUCCAUGCCCUGGGUUUACUCCUUCCUUACGCUGGAUCUCCUCCUGAUAGAGAACCAGAUCCCCUUCUUCGUCCUCGAGACCGUCUUUGAAUUGUCCAUGGCUCCCACAGAAGCCCACUACUCCCUCAAUAAGCUUGCCUUGGAGUUCUUCAACUACAGGCUCCGUAGGCCGCAGCAUGAACUGGAGCGGCACUAUCACGUCCCUAACGUCACUCACUUGCUCGACUUGUUCCGACUCAGUCUGGUCGGCCAUCUAGAGCUGGAGGAUCCUGGAGAUGUCAACGAGGAGUUCCUGCAGUUGAUCCCCUCGGCCAAGCAGCUACUCCUCGCGGGGAUCAAAUUGAAGCCGAGAAAGAGCGACCGCUUCAUCGAUGUCCGGUUCGAGCGGGGAGUGCUUCAAAUCCCUCCUCUCACUCUAGAUGUUUUCACCAGAUCCCUCUUUCUCAACUGCAUUGCCUACGAGCAGUGUUCCUGCUACUGCUCUAAGCACAUCACCACUUACGCUGUCCUCAUGAGCUGCGUCGUCUCCACGGCAGCCGACGCGGCGCUGCUGUCCGAGCACAACAUCAUCGUCAACUUCUCGGGCUCCGACGAGUACGUGGCGAGGUACUUCAAUAACCUCACUUGUGGCGUCAGCUUCGACAUCAGCAUCAGCUAUUUGGCCGGGUUGUUCGGGGAAGUGACCCGAUAUCACCAAAACAAAUGGCACGUUCAGUGGUCGGGAAUCAAGCGCGAGUACUUCGGUAGCCCCUGGUCCUUCAUUUCAGCUGUGGCGGCUUUCAUCCUCUUAGCCCUUACUGUCGUGCAGGCCUUCUACGCUGUUUACGCUUAUUACCGCCCCUCAAAGUAA